AACUUGAAACUGUCUUUACCUCGGUGACAUGUUGCAUGUUAAGAACCUGGACUUUUAAUUUGGUUAUGAACUGCACAGCGCAAAAGGAGAGGAAAUCGGAGAAAAUAGGCAUCAUUGUGAGUGCGGAUGAGCGUUACAAGGAAUCCUUUCGAUUAAUGCUCCGUCCUCACGGGCACCUGAGCUUCUGUAAGGACGUUAUUUGAAUGUGACUGAAGGAGUGGGAUGGUAGUUUUAUGUAUUCAAACAACCAUCAAUGGAAUAGUAUUUUUGUUUUGUUUCAAUACCCCGUGUAGUAGUUGGCGGCAAUACACCAAAAGGUGUAGUCUGCCAUAACAUUUUAAAGAAGAAGGUCUUCCAAACAGAUGUCAGAUAAUAGGUUGGGCAACGUAUCAGCUACAUACGUGCGCCAGCGCAAUUCCUUCGUCGCUCUGGAGGAGCUGAUUCGGCUAGCGUCAUCAUCAGCACCAUCAUCGACUUGACUUCAUCACUCUCACACUAGCUAUGACAAUGACUUUGCCUACGAUUCGACAGCCAUCCCCAACAGUCAUUGAACCACAGCCACGCUGAUGAGAGCACUUUGCACACCCCGCAUAAAAUUUAAAGGACCUCCGAUUUGUUUGGUGCAAGCAGUGGCCGAUGUUCUGAACUGAAGCCGAGGUAGCCUGUGUGGGGCCUUGGGACGCCUGCGUUCACAUUUCUGUUUUUUUCUUGCAAACAUGGCGGCCCCUGCGCUAACCAGCCGGGCUGGGUCCGUAAAUAGCUUGGGAAACAGCCCCACUGCGACUCCCAGCUCCACGAACAAUAACAACAAGAUCAUCCCAAACUACCCCGAGCUCGAUUUCAGGUCCGGGGCCAGAAUCGAGGAUUUGAACCGAUUGAUUCUGGAAUUUAGUAAACACGAUCAGCGAGAAUAUGACGACCAGCGAGCGCUCGAGAUUCACACCGCCAAGGAUUUCAUUUUCUCCAUGCUCGGUAUGGUGCAGAAACUGGACCAGAAGCUCCCUGUGGCCAACGAGUACCUGCUGCUGUCAGGUGGUGUGCGGGAGGGCGUGGUCGACAUGGACCUAGACGAGCUGAGUGUUUACGCCCGCGGCACCGACUAUGACAUGGACUUUACCCUCCUCGUGCCUGCGCUCAAGCUGCACGACCGCAACCAGCCGGUCACUCUGGACAUGCGCCACUCAGCCCUGUGCCACUCGUGGCUGAGCCUGCGCCUCUUCGACGAGGGCACCAUCAACAAGUGGAAGGACUGCUGCACAGUGGUAGACCACAUCAAUGGCGCCACCAACUACUUCUUCUCACCCACACUGGUGGCUGACUGGUUCUACGAGUCCAUCAGCGUGGUCCUGGUGGAGAUCCAGAAGAAGCCCCAGCGCGGCAUGCCCCGCGUGGAGAAGGUGGAGCGGAACGGCACMAUCAUCUCCGUCAUCCUGGGCGUGGGCAGCAGCCGYAUGCUCUAUGACAUCKUGCCUGUGGUCUCCUUCAAGGGAUGGCCRGCGGUGGCCCAGAGCUGGCUGAUGGAGAACCACUUCUGGGAYGGCAARAUCACAGAGGAGGAGGUGAUCAGCGGCUUCUACCUGGUGCCUGCCUGCUCCCACAAGGGCCGUAAGGAGAAUGAGUGGCGCCUGUCKUUYGCCCGCAGYGAAGUGCAGCUCAAGAAGUGCAUCUCGGCCARCCUGAUGCAGGCCUACCAGGCRUGCAAGGCCAUCAUUAUCAAGCUGCUGUCAAGGCCCAAGGCCAUCAGCCCCUACCACCUGCGCAGCAUGAUGCUGUGGGCCUGCGAUCGGCUCCCCGCCACCUACCUGUCCCAGGAAGACUUCUCAGCCCACUUCCUGCUAGGCCUCAUCGAUGACCUGCAGAACUGCCUGGUCAACAAGAUGUGCCCCAACUACUUCAUCCCACAGUGCAACAUGCUGGAGCACCUGUCGGACGAGAUGGCCAUGCUCCAUGCCCGCAAGCUCAGCUCGGUGCGCUCCGACCCGGCCGAGCACCUGCGCACCACCAUUGAGCACGCCAAGGCGGCCAACCGACUGACCCUGGAACUGCAUUGGCGCGGCAGUGCCUCAAACCUGCCGUCGCCACAGUCGGACGCGGGCGGCGAGCACCAGCCGGAUGACCGCUUGGCUAAGAAGCUGCAGCAGCUGGUGACGGAGAACCCCGGAAAGUCCAUCUCGGUGUUCAUCAACCCCGAUGACGUGACGCGGCCGCACUUCCGCAUCGACGACAAGUUCUUCUGAGACUUCAAAAUAGAAAAAAGCUAUUCUUCUCCUCCCCCCACAUCACCCAUUCUCCCUUUGACUAGAUCGAUCGGUCGAGUCGUCAAAUUAGUCGGUUUCCCAAGUAACGGUCGCCACAGAGCAUUGUGAGGUGCUUUUGAGCAAUGGUGUCUUCCCAUUUUGUUUACCUGUCCCCACACCCCACCAACCCUACAGUGCCCGUGUCACCUUGAGAAGUCCUUUACAGGACUACAUGAAACAGGUGGAAGAAGAGGUACUGCGUCUUUCCUCGGAAAGUUAAGGAAUGGCUUAGUCCCUGUUGGGGAACUGAUGGUACUAACGCCAUAACUGUGCAUAAAGAGAGUUCAGUGGAUGUGUGUGUGUGGACAUUGGUAUUAUUUUGGACAGAAUGUACAGGCACACAGUUAUGGUGGAAGUUGUGAUGUGAAGUCUGAAAUGUUGCAUAUCUUUUAGGAAGGCAAUUUCAACUGUCUUUUUUUCCUCUAUUGGUUUAGAGCUGUUAUUCCAAUAAGCUGUAUCGCAAUGACAAAAUGUUUCUAACUUUACAUUCUCUGUGCAUUCAUGUCCAUGUCCUAUGUGUACAGUGAACAGUUCCAGAUGUAUCCAGAAUAUGCCAAAAACCUGCAGAUAUCUGACUGGCAAUGUGAUACACAUAUCUUCAUCCUCAAGUGCAAUUAGUAAACAAAAACACACACACACACACCACACCACACAUAUAAGUGCUAACACUCAUCAUACACACUCCUGAUCAGUGAAGUGGUGUAUUUGUUACGUAUUUGUGAUAUUCCAGAACUCUGGGACCUUGUCCUUUUGUUUGUUUGUGUUAUAUGGAACUCGGAAACAUUUGGCUGUGAUUCUUAUUUUCCAUAUUGCUGCUGACCUUAUGAAGAUGUUUUAUGAUUGACUGGUUAUGCAAAUUAAGUGAACAAA